AUGGAUGAAGUUAAAAAGUAUGGUAAAACUCUCGAGGAGAUUGAAGGAGAAUUAAUGUUCGGUAAGAUUUCAUUCAUGUUGUUCUUGUUUCAUUGCAUAUUUUCAGACGAUUUCCCCGAGUCCCUAGCAGAUAGCGAUGAAGAACACAACAUUUUUGACGAUGAGUUCGAUGCCGCCAACGAUGAAACAUUCGGAGGAGGGCUUGACAACAUUGGCGAAAACGCAGAGCAAGUAAAUUGUUUAGUGCGAGCAUAUCAUUCUUUAUUUUUUCAGACUGCUCGUCUCCGACUCGACGAUCCAGUAUGGCAUCAUCCAUCAUCAUCAGAUCAAGUUGCACCAGAUGCAUCUGCAAUCCCUUUUCCCACCUUUGGAAAUGGGGACAGCAGCGACACGUUCAAAUCAAGCUUUGAAGCUGAAUCUCCAUUCUUGAAGAAAUCAAUCUGGGGAAACGGAGCAGACAGUUCUUUUAACAUUUGGGGAUCUGAUUUUGGUAUUGCGGCAGUACCUCCUUCGUCGAGUUUCGAUCUAGACUAUAACUCUAUAGCUCCAAACGAAGCUCAACAAGUUUCACCAUUGGUUCAGCAAAAACCGUCAUCGCAAAUACCAUCUAUGCCCAGUUCUGCAUUAACGGUAACGUGUUUGUUGUAUCAUGAAUUUCUCAAUCUGAUAAGUUUUAAGCUGGAAGAUUUUGAGCGUAUGCAGUUAGGCGAUUCUACUGAUACAUUGACAGCCGCCCUCAAUGAUUUACAACUUGGAAGCACCAAUGCACAAUCAAAAAUUGAACAGGCACCAACUACUCUACAGUCGGCACCGGGAGAACCAUUGAAGGCUCAGACGCUACCAAAAUUGCCGGUUUCGGCACUAUCAUUAGAAGAACUUGAACAGAAAAUAAUUCGGGAGUCUCAGACCGUGAAUGUCGCCAAUACUCAGCAAACACCUCAGGGAAGUAACAGAUUUGCUCACCCUCCACCAGGAUUCACUGCGAAUAUGAAAAAUGCUCAACAUCCUGCAAUGGGACCUCCAAUGGGUAUGCCAGGGAUGCAAAUGCCUCCACCUCCAAUGGGAUACCAACAGAUGGGAGCAAUUAUGCAAGAGUUGCCGCGGCUUCCACCAUUGAACCCGCAAUACCUCCCACUUGUCCCUAUUUGGCUCGGCGCUAUCGUUAACAAUAUGCAACUACCGAUGGGUGUUCCACCGAUUCCACCGUUUCUGUACCAGCUGUUAAAUCAUUAUCGCAAUCCAUCACUUGUCCAUGCUAUGAUCGUCCACUCUUCUAUUCCGCCAAACUCGAGACCAAAUGGUCCUCAGUUUAGUGGUCCACAAGUUGGUCCUCACAGUCCGGGAGCCCGAGGACAGCAACGUAGAAAUUCGGGAAUGCCAUCAACUCGAACCAUAUACGACUUAGCUCUCGAUUCUUUCGCUGGCUAUAUGUCUUUUAAAGAACGAGAAUGGCUCAUCAGAAUUCAAUUCGUGCAGUGCAAAGGCUCCGGUGAUCCAUGCAUCGAUGAUUACUAUUAUGUGAGAUGGCGCGAAAGUCAAAUCGCGAAUGGCUGGACAGCUCACCCCAAACCAGAAUCAAAGCAACCUUUACCGGCAUCUUCUGAAUCACGCAAAGAUUAUCUCGAAAGAAUCAGACGCAUGAACUAUCGAGAAAUGCAAAAAGAACGGCUACGAGACCGAGAGAAGGAGCGCCAGAGAGAAAGGCAAGAAAGAAUCGACCGCGGAGAAGAAAGAAAACCUCGCCAAACUCUUACUGAUAAGUUUGCUACCAGCUUAGGAUUACCAUCCAAAUCGUCUACUCACAACCCACGACAUGUUUUGGAUAUGAAAGCUCAAGUUGAUAGCGUAGAUAAUCAAGCCAAGAAAUUAUCAGAUGAAGAAAGAAAAAAUGCCGUGCAGAAGAAGCUUCGAACGAUGCUUUUGCGUUUGGAAGGUGCCCUCGUGCUUCUAAUGGAAGCUGAAGAAUUGCGCAGAACCAGUUCUUCGGAUAAGUCACAAUUCAAAGAUCUAACCAGCGAGGAGAAAGAACAAGAAGUUGAAAAACGUACGUCACUGAUCAUCGAUGAGUUUAUGGGCGACGAUUUGCCUAAGCUGAUGCAGAUGUCAAAGGGAAGAGCUGUAUUAACUAGAACGCUCAAAGUCGUCGGUCCACGAGAUCAGGCCAGAAUCAUACUGUCUCUAAUGAUAGCGGCAGGACUCGUUAGCAAAAAGAUGUACGGAGAGAUAGUUCUUGACAUCUUGCCAGUUGUUCACCAGAAAGUUUCAAAUCUACACCCUGAUCAGUUCAAGUAUCUUGUCGGUGCUUUGAACUUGGACAACAUUAAGAGACAGCUCAUGGAUAGUAAUAUGUUCGUUCGCGAUGUGAUGCUGACUCUCUACCUCGUCAGUGUGAAGAACAACCAGAAUCUCCUGGAAUGGUCCAAACAAACAAAGUUCUCGAGCCUGAAAAUGCCGUCAAGUGCGCCGUUAGGCUUCUGGAGGAAAGCGUUGAGCGCAGUCACUGACGCCGAGAUUACAGAAUUCGCUGAAGAUAUCAAAUACUCGGGAGUUGUUGAUUGCCACGAAGUCGCCAAACUUAUCGAGCAAUCUUUAUAA